AUGGCCGUGCAAUCCAGCCUGAUCAACGGCCCCUCCCUGGCGAGCAUCACCACCGGUGUUCUCUUUAACCCCCUCCUCACGGGCCCUCUACUACUCUACGUCCUCCGCAACCCCUCUGUCCUAGAGAAACUCCCCUGGCCACCAACAAGGUAUUACAACCUCCCUUUCGACCUCCCUUGGCCCUUUCCCCGUAGUAUUCGCGUGGGAGCCACGCCGCCGCUGAGGACGCUCAAGUUCCUCUUCACCUGGGGUUUGAUCCUGUACGUGAAUCGCUUCCUGAACCGACUGGCCUUGAACUAUGGCCAUCUCAAGAAACAGGGCGAGCCGUGGGAUUUUGGGGCCGAGGGCAAGGAGACGGUGCUCAUCACGGGCGGGUGUUCCGGGUUCGGGAGGGAGAUGGCCAAGAUGUUCGCCGAGCAGACCAAAGCGAACAUCCUCGUAUUGGAUGUCCAGCCCUUGCCGGACGAUCUUAAGAACGUCCCUCGCCUGUCGUACCACCACGUCGACUUGACCUCCCCGGCGUCCAUCCACGAGACGAUCGCUCAGGUCCUUAAGACGGGCCCCGUGCCCACCGUACUCAUCAACAACGCGGGUAUAGCGCACGCCCACACGAUCCUCGCCACCACAGACGACUUCCUCGAGAAGAUUUUCAGGGUGAACAUCCUCAGCCACUUCACGCUCAUCCGCCUCCUCCUGCCGCGCAUGAUGGCCCAACGCAAAGGGCACAUCGUGAGCAUCGCCAGCAUGGCGUCCUACACGGGCUGCCCCAGCCUGGGCGACUACUGCGCCACCAAGCACGCCGUGCUGGGCAUGCACGAGACCCUCCUCGCCGAGCUGGCCACCCGCUACAAGGACCAGGGCGGGCACUGCGUGCAGGCGUCGAUCGUGCAUCCGAUGUGGGCGCGCACCCCGCUCGUCGGGUCCUGGGAAAGGCAGCUCAAUGCCUCCAAGGCGCCCGUGCUGGAGGCUAAAGAUGUGGCGGCGCCGGUGGUGAGGCAUGUGUUGGGGGGGAGGAGUGGGAGUGUUUUUGUGCCGGAGCGGUAUAGGUACGCUACCAUCGCCAAGGGGUUGCCGGAUUGGGUGGGGAUCAAGUCGAGGUUGGAUUUGGCCGUGAAUACGGACGUGGGGAGGGAGCUGGAGACAGAGGCGCUGGAGGUCAAGGAGAGGAAGGGCGUCGAGGAGAGUUGGGUCAAGACGUAG